GUGUCCUAGGUUACGAGAGGAGAGACCCAGCCCAGCACGGACAAGUCGCCCACCCGGCCUGCCUGUCUGGUUGUCUCCCCUCCGCUCCGCGGCCGCCUCCCCAGCGCUGGCCGGGGGCGUCCAGAUUUGUAGCCGCAUGACCCUCCGCACCGCCGAAUCACCACACACGACGGCGACGGCGACAUGGGGCUGAAGGGCUUCGUCGAGGGCGGCGCCGCCUCCGUCGUCGCCGGCUGCUCCACGCACCCGCUCGACCUCAUCAAGGUCCGCAUGCAGCUCCACGGCGAGCUGCCCCCACCAGCCCCAGCCAUGCGCUUCGCCCUCGUCUUCCCCUUCCCGCAGCACCACCACCUCCUCCAGCCCCCGCCGCGCAAGCCCGGGCCCAUCGCCAUGGGCGCCCAGAUCCUGCGCGCCGAGGGCCCCACCGGCCUCCUCUCCGGGGUCUCCGCCACCGUGCUGCGCCAGGCCGUCUACUCCUCCACCUCCAUGGGCCUCUACGACACCAUCAAGCGCCGGUGGGAGCGGGACUCCGGCGGCUCCCCGCUCCCGCUGCACCGCAAGCUCGCCGCCGGCCUCGUCGCCGGCGGCGUCGGCUCCACCGUCGGCAACCCCGCCGACGUCGCCAUGGUCCGCAUGCAGGCCGACGGGCGCCUCCCCGCCGCCGAGCGCCGCAACUACCGCAGCGUCGCGCACGCCAUCGCCCGCAUCGCGCGCGACGAGGGCGUGCGCAGCCUCUGGCGCGGCUCCUCGCUCACCGUCAACCGCGCCAUGAUCGUCACCGCCUCGCAGCUCGCCACCUACGACCAGGCCAAGGAGGCCAUCCUCUCCCGCCGCGGCCCCGCCGCCGACGGGCUCGCCACGCACGUCGCCGCCAGCUUCGCCGCCGGCCUCGUCGCCGCCGCCGCCUCCAGCCCCGUCGACUGCGUCAAGACCAGGGUCAUGAACAUGAAGGUGCAGCCCGGCUGCCCGCCGCCCUACGCCGGCGCGCUCGACUGCGCCAUCAAGACCGUGCGCUCCGAGGGCGCCCUCGCGCUCUACAAGGGGUUCAUACCCACCGUCACGCGGCAGGGGCCCUUCACCGUCGUGCUCUUCGUCACGCUCGAGCAGGUCCGCAAGUUGCUCAAGGACUUCGAUUUCUGAAGCAACACUCGACUCUAGGGUAUGCCAUUGCUAAAAUUAUUAUGACGGCCUCCUCCUCCUCUCCCAUCGAUGGCAAGCUGCAGCUCCACUGUUUCUGUGCUUUGCACGGAUUUGAUAAAUUAUGGUGGAAAUUUUGAUCUGUGCGAAACUUUGAACAAUUUGUGGGAAUUUUGAUCUGUGCUACAUAUUGAUCAAUUAGAUAGUCGGGAUUUUUAUC